AAGGUUACUUUCACCAUGCCAGAGGUGUCGGCCAAGGGCACAACCAUUUCCAAGAAAGGCUUCAAGAAAGCGGUCACGAAGACUCAGAAGAGGGAGGGCCGGAAGCGUAAGAAGUGCCGUAAAGAGAGCUACUCCAUCUACAUCUAUAAGGUGCUGAAGCAAGUUCACCCCGACACCGGCAUCUCCUCCAAGGCCAUGGGCAUCAUGAACUCGUUCGUCAACGACAUCUUCGAGCGCAUCGCGGGCGAGGCGUCGCGCCUGGCGCAUUACAACAAGCGCUCGACCGUCACCUCCCGGGAGAUCCAGACAGCCGUGCGCCUGCUGCUGCCCGGGGAGCUGGCCAAGCACGCCGUGUCCGAGGGCACCAAGGCCGUCACCAAGUACACCAGCGCCAAGUAAACUUUCCAAGCGACACCACCAAAGGCUCUUUUCAGAGCCACCCACCUCUUCGAGCAAGAGAGCUUUGCUUAGUCUCUUGGUCCUCGCCCUGAGCUUGGGCAUGUGGGCUCUUGAGCAUGUGGGAACCUGGCCCAGGCUGCGGUGAAGGGAGUUUCACUGGCCAUCGCAACAGCUUUUCAAAUGUUUUGUUUUCAGAGGAGGAACACAUAAUCCCAAAGUAAUUUGAGACCCGAGGCUGAGGGCUUUCUGGUCUGAUGUCUUCUGUCUAGUGAGGGUUCUAGGAUUUAGUUUUGUUGGAAACACAGCAACGGUAGGUAGGGGCUGCCUGGUAGACUCAAAUGCUUCAUAGCGGACAAUUGUUAGGUGGAGUCAACUGACAAAUGGCAAUAACGGAAUUUCGUGUUCCUGCCAAGAUGGCCACCGCGGGCUAUGCCUUUGUUGGUUGGUACCAUCUCUAGCCAGAGUCUAAGUGCCCCAGCUUUCAGAUCCUUGCCUAUUGUGACCACUCUUAAUAUUACCACUAUAUAUAUAUUUAGGGAAAAAGCUAGAAAAGGCUUCUCUCUUCGAACCUGACAUAGCUUUAACAUCAUAUACAGUCUGUCUGCAGUGAGAGGAAAUGUUAGCAGACUAGUCUGGGGUAAUACUAUCUCUGAACAGGACCAGCAAGUGUAGAAAGGUUCAAAUAAGAAGAGGGUCCUGCUCCACUGCCCAGCAGUCUACUGUCCUCUGCCUUGGCCAGAUUCCAUCUUUACACUAGUCUGUACAUUAUAUACACAUAUCUGAAAAUAGUAAUGGUUUUACUGCCUUACACAGCUUUCCCAAACAGUGUCCCUAGUUGGGUAUUUUAUAGCUCUGAAGAGACAUGCGACCAAGACGACUCUAACAAGAAUCACUUAAUUGGUAGCUUAAAGUUUUAGAGAGUUAGUCCAUGAUCAUCAUGGCAGGAAGGAGACAGAUACAGUGCUGGAGCAGUUGCUGAGAUCUUUACCUCCUGAUCUGAAGGAAGACAGGACACAGCGAUAGACACUGCCUGGGCAGUGCUUUUGUAGCCUCCAUCCCCAGUGAAACACUUCCUCCAAUAAGACCACACCUCCUCCAGCAAGGCUACACCUCCUAAUUGUAUUCUUCUCAGUUUAGCUCCCUGGUGGCUAAACAGAACUUAUGAGGCCAUUCUCAUUCAAACCACCACAAAGAACCAAGUGUUCAAACACAAGAGCAAAUGGGAGAGAUUUCAUACUCAAACCAUUAUGGUUCUGCUCCACAAUACGGGUCUGCUCCACAGUACGGGUCUGCUCCACAAUGCAGGAUGACCUCAUUUCAAUAUUGCUAAAACUACAUCCUUAAACAUUGCUUCUAAGCAUGGUCAAACUUCAGGGGUGAGGCAUGAGCAUUCCCUCUGUGAAACAGUUUACCAUGCACCUCACAUCUUAAACCUGACCCUUAGGCUUUAGUGCCACAUUAAAUACUCAAAUCACAUGAAUCAGAAAUAUUUUAUAAAUUACAGAUUCCGCAAAGCCUUCUUUGGUCAUAAAUUCACCUGCCCCAAAUUUUCUAUGCCAUUACCUUGAGAAAUUAUUGAGACAACUUUCCUAUUUGUGUUUAUUUCCAGAAGCCCUAUGCUACUAGGGGCUUUUUGGGCAAUCCCUCAUACAUGCACCCUCACAUCCUCCAUUCAUUCAAUGGACAAACGCUCUGAGAAUGGGGAAAGGAACAUGGUUCUUAUAAAUAACUUUUUGGAAAGGAAAAUAAGGAGAAUGCUACGAAGUGGAGGUGUAUCUGUCCCUACUCAACAGUACAGGCCAAGGAUAGCAGCUCGCAGUCGACUGAAAAGUGGAAACUUGAGUCAGAUGGUCCUGCUUCUUCAGGGAGAGUGGGUUUCUAUUUCUGCAAUGAAACUCUUACCAAAACAACUUGAGGACAAAAGUGUUUCCAUCUUACAGCCGUAGUUCAUCAGGAACAGACUUCAGGGCAGGAACUCAAGGAAGGAACUGCGUGGAGGCUGAGAAAUGCAGACCCCUGCUCACUGUUGUCUGAUGGUCAGAGAGUUUGGAGACUGACAGGCAUAAUUUGCACCUUCUAACUCAGGAGGUGGUUGCUUGGCUCUUUUAAAGUUAAGAAAGCUCGGUGCCAUCUUGACAGGUGGUCAGGAUAUGCAAAUGUACUUCUGCUCCUUCCAUUGUAACUAUGAGGUCACCUGGGAAAGGGCUGUUUUCUGCCUACAUGAAACAAUGUGGUUUGUGUAGUAACUUGGGUCAUCUUGCUACCUUGGCAACAGAAUGCUGAUGGUGGGAAGUCUCAGGAUGGAUGUAUGAGUUAAUCUUGUUGUAUCAAGUUAAUGAAGUCUUUGUUACCUUCUCCCUCAGUUUACAUUGGGUAUAAAAGCUGUGGAAAAUA